AUGGGUGCUUCUAAACAGCAACGUCCAAAGACAUCAAAGAAGAUAAAGCAGGAUUCUUUCAUCAAGAAGGAAUGGCGCCAUGUCAUGGUCCCAGCCUACUUCACAGGCAAGCACGACAUUGGUGUUACAGUUUCCAACAAAUGCGCACGUGGCCGUGUUCCAAUGGACUACGUCAACAACCGUGUUUGGGAACUUUCCCACGCUGACAUGGUCAACGACCUUUCUCACGCUUACAGACUCUUCUCAUGGAGAUCAAUCGCCGCCGGCUCUGAAGUUUACACACAGUUCGCUGGCAUGCGCCUUACACACGAUAAGCUCGACUCCAUCAUGAGAAAGUAUCGUACAUUAAUCAAUGCUUCAGUCGAUGCUAAGACAGCUGAUGGCUUCAUCCUCCGCCUCUUCACUGUCGGCUUCACAAAGAAACUCGCCAACUCCCACAAGAACCAUACAUAUGCCAACUCCCACAAGGCUCGCCAAGUCCGCGAUGUUAUGGUCAAGUGCCUUACAGAUGCCUGCGAAUCUAAUGGCGUUGAGCAGCUUUGCAAGGACUUCGUUGAUGAAAAGAUUGAAAAUGAAAUUGUUGAGAAAUGCAAGCAAAUCUGCCAGAUUGAAGGUGUUUACAUCACCAAGGUUAAAGUCAUCAAGGCUCCAGCUCUUUCUAACGAGCAGGUCAAGGUCCUUAAGAUCUCUAAGGAUGCAGCUCAGCUUUCACUCGCUCCAACAGAGCGUCCAGCUGAAGAAUAA